AUGUCUGCACCAUACUUCUGGGCACAACCCUUGCGAUACAUUCGCUGGGCUUCUCACGAAAAGCCUGCUAUCUUCUACUCUAUUGUCCUUGGAUCCCUGGGUCCCGUUGCGCUUGUCACCCUCCCUCCUAUUCGCCGCUACUUUGGCGAUGUUGAUCCCGAGCCAAUCCCUCUGUCAUAUCCAGUCCCCAAGGGCCCUCGUGUGAUCCCCAAGGGCUUCGACGAUGAAUAA